AUUGUGAAUCGCGGACGCGUUUAGGAGUGAAACACAAAAUGGCGGCGCACACAAAAACGAGUUUAUUGAUAAACAAGUUUAGAAACUCGGUUUAUUUUAUACAACGACGGAAUCGCGUUAAAACUAAAUGGGCCAGCACCAGGCCCAAACACCCAGUGACCUACCAGGCUCUGCAGCAUUUCGAUGCCACGUAUAAGAACUAUUUCGGUGACCUGUGGCCGUCUAUUCGUAUCAGCUUGCUGUCGGAGCAGAAGUACGGAGCCCUGAUCAACAAUUUAUCGUCUAACGCAGACGUUGUCUCGUCUUUACAGUCUCAAGGCUGCAGAGACUUCGUCAGAGACGUUGAAAGAGACACGCACGAGACGUCAGAUGGAUUGAAACAAGACGGUCAUUUUUCUACAGAAGCGGCUCGUAUUAGCUCAAAUAUCCAGUGUUUUGUCUUUCCGAGAGGGGACAUAUCUCGAUUCAAACCUGCCAGACCAGAUAGCGCAGGAUUACUGAGUUAUUAUCUCCUGGAUGCAGCUUCUGUCCUGCCCGUGUUGGCGCUGGACGUCCGGCCGGGACACGCUGUUCUGGACCUUUGUGCCGGUCCGGGUGGGAAGACGCUCGCUAUCCUGCAGGCGCAAGCUGUCCGGUUUCUGUGGGCCAACGAUUUGUCUGGGUCUCGCACGGCUCGGUUACAGAGAACGCUCCAGAGCUACGUGCCCAAAGAACUGAGAGGUGAGGACAAGCUCCGCAUCACAUCUCUUGAUGGUCGCAAAUGGAGGAAUAUGGAAGACUUCGAAUUUGACAGAGUGCUAGUGGACGUCCCCUGUACCACUGACAGACAUUCAUUAAUGGAGGAUGACAAUAACAUCUUUAAAAGGUCCAGGACUAAAGAGAGACAGACGCUUCCUUUACUGCAGAUCGAACUCCUGCUUGCAGGGCUCCGGGCGACUCGUCGUGGCGGUGAGCUUCUCUACUCCACCUGCUCUCUGUCUCAGCUGCAGAACGAGUGUGUGGUGCAGCAGGCACUCAGUCUCGCUCAGCAGGAGAUGGACAUCACGGUGAAAGUCCAGGACCUCAGCAGCUUCACGCGCCUCUUCUCGGACACUUUCCACUUCGCACCUCAGCCGGCGGUGGGGGAACUCGUCCUCCCGCACUUGUGCGCAAACUUCGGCCCGAUUUAUUUGUGCAAACUGCUGCGUGUCAGCUGAUGAAGCCUGGAGUCCGGGUUUAUACGACUUCAUGGCUUUAGCUGUGUGUAAAUGACUCGCUGCAACACCGCCCUCUGGUGGAGAUAAUAAAAAUAACCUGUGAAUAAAAAACGUGUUUUCUAGUAAUUAAAGAAAAAUAAAAGCAAUUGUUACUAGAGGAGAAAAUCUCUCCUUACUUAGCUAUUAGGUUAUUUAGGUUAGAUAUCCAUUUAUUUGAUCAUUUUUUAUUUUUUUCCCCCAACAGCCUUCAACCUUCACACGUCACAACCUGCAACUGAAACAAACAUAACUGGAAUUUAUUUCAUCAUGAAGCCGUACAAAAUAGACCAAAUAUUAGACCAUUAUGCUUCAAAAUAUUAUAAAGAUAAUGGAUCUGUCACUUUAUGGGAUGUUGAAGAUUUUAAGAUAUUUUGUUACGAUCAAAUCCUGACUCCUGCUUCUUUGCUUGUUGGUCUUCAUGAUGUUGUGUGUUUUAAAGCAUUUUAUCUGAAUCCUGGAACAGAUAUAUUUAUUGUAUUUUGCUGUAAUCUCUAUUUCUUUUUUAUCGUUUUAUCUUUUGUGAUAAUCGCUUUGUAGUAUUCAUCGUAACGACUUUAUUGUCGAUUCAUGAUUCGUCACACGAUUUAAAGAAUGCGUUUAUAUUUUUGCGAAGCCGCUUCUCUAAGUGUGGAAUAUAAGACAUGAGGUGGUUUUAAAAGCCUUGCAAAGGCAAAAAAUAUUCCUUCAUUUAAUGAGGUUUUUACUCUGAGAGGUUUUAGAUCAUGUCUUUGGAAUAAAGCUUCAGGAUUUCAGCAAUAAAUAAAACCAGAAAUAAAAAAUAAAAUCAUUGCUCCUAUUAAUGAUUAAUAAAUUGGAAAUAAAAUGCUGGAUUAUUAGUCAGGGUGUUCAAAAUUUUGUCUUAUAUUUGUGAAACGGUCAAAUAGUAAAAAAUAAAUCUUUAGGUUCAUGCCGCUUCUCUGUCCGACCUCUAGAUGGCGCCAUCGGACAGUUUAAAAAACCUCCUGCGUUCCUUCCAAAGUGCCGCCAAAUAAAUCUAAUCAUCAGAACAGUAAAAACUUCAACUUGUAAAUAUUGCUUUGGUUUUGUUUCAAGACGCACAUCAUUAUUAUU